GGGAUGUCGAAUCCAUCGAUGCCUGUGUCACUGACCGAAGCUUCCAUCACCUGGCAAGACGUCGGAGCACCCAUUGACUCUCCCAUCGCUUCACUAAGCACUUCAUACGAAAGCCUUACCUCCUUAACAUGUCGACGUCUUGGAACGAACGAGGAUCUCUUCGAGCUUCUCGCAGGCAGCUUCACGAACCUCAAGUCGCUGACGAUUGAUGGGUGUGACCUUAGAGCCCUGGACAGACGUAGCGACGGAGCCCCCGCGCCCACGGCGAUGGAAAGCAUCAAACGCGUCGCAGCUACUCUCGAGACCGGCUUUCCAUCGCUCGAGGAGCUCUGUUACCAGACCGACGAUUUCAAGCACUACACUCCCAACCCCAACUUCAACGCCAAGUCAGAGAAAGAUAAAAUGAUCGACGUCAUCCUUGUAGCAUUACUCGCUAGGGAAGGUGUACCUGGUGUACUCAUGAUGAGACGGUGUAAGCUUCUUGGGCGCGAUCACGAACGAAAAGUGUGGGCGUACGGAACUUACAUGUUUACAAAGUGCUAACGGCUCGCGAGCAUGAACAUGGUGCUGGAAUGGAUGUAGCGUAACCUGAGCAUGACCUACAUCUUACGAGUAUGGCCAGCUCUUCUUGAGCUCGGAGCAGAGUAGAAGGUCGGAGCGAGGGAUCGGUCAAGGAAAUGUACUGAUUUGAAC